AAAAGAGAAAAAAUAAAAAAAAGGAAAACGAGGGAGACACAUGUAUCGAAGUGCCGGUGUUAGGAUUUUACAUUAAAAUUUCCGAAUUCAUAUAACCAUUAUCAGUAGAAAAUGCAAAAUAUUAAAGGACUGGUGACUUUGAUUACUGGUGGAGCAUCUGGAUUUGGACUUGCUACUGUUGAGCGAUUUGCAAAACAAGGUGCAAAAGUUAUUAUAUGUGAUUUAAAAACAUCUAAGGGACAAGAAGUAUGCUCUAGACUUGGAGAUAACACUGUAUUUGUUCCUACAAAUGUGACUUCUGAGAAAGAUGUGCAAAAUGCCCUGAAUGUAACAACAGAUAAAUUCAAAAAACUGGAUCUCCUCGUAAAUUGUGCUGGAACAAAUGUAUUAUCAAAGACGUAUGAUUUCCGAAACAAUGUUCCACAUUGCUUAGAUAAGUUUUCUGAAAUGCUACAGGUUAACACAGUGGGAACUUUUAAUGUUAUCCGAUUAGCUGCAGGAAUAAUGGCUGAAAAUAAACCAGACGAUGAUGGUCAGAAAGGUGUCAUAAUUAAUCUUACAAGCACUCAUGCGUUUGAAGGGAGCACUGGACAUGUAGCAUUUGCUGCUGCAAGUGGCUGUAUUGUAUCUAUGACUUUGCCGCUAGCUCGUGACUUGUCUUCGGAAGGAAUUAGAUGUUGUGCAGUUGCUGCGGGUUUAUUUGACACACCUUACUUUAGAUCACUACCAGAGAAAUAUCGCCGAUAUAUGCCUUCCGUUAUCCCAUUUCCAAAAGGUCUAGGAAGUCCAGAUGAAUUUGCUCACAUUGUACAAACAAUCUUAGAGAAUAAAAUGCUUAAUGGGGAAGUGCUAAGAUUAGACGCUGCUUUAAGAUAUGAGCUAUAAAAAGCUUUAUGUAUAUAUCAUCAAAACAUGCUUUUCAUUUUCAUAAUCAAUAAAAAAAAAGUUAUUUCUGUAGUA